GCGAAUGAGCGAACGGACGCCAUCAACCCUCCCUCGCGGCACACAUCGUCCCGACAAGCAGUCCGUCAACAGAGCAUCGCCAAGCCAGCGCUGUGAACGUCGCCUCAGAACAGUCCGUGCGAACGCAACGAAGUUCUUGAAUCGAGUCGAGCUCUCGAGCGACGUCUCUGAUAUCUUACUCGAACUCAAGGGCCGAAGCUCUCAGCCGUGAACUUCUCUCCAGGAGCUGCUGGUCGAGCAUUCCGGGAUAAAGUGGGCCACAAGGCCAUCGUCACGACCUGUCGAAGAAAGUUAUCGGAACUCCGUGAAGAUGGAUCGACGAAUCGGGCUAUCGGUGUUUGUGCUGCUCGCUACCGCGAUCGGAUAUUCGGCGGGAGGUGAUAUGUCGCUCGUACAGAUUUGCGAAAAGGGGAAGGGGCGUGAGGAUUUCAUGUCAAAUCUCUUCGAUCACUUGAGAUCUGUGCUCAAGUCAAACGAGCCCUUCAAAAUGGAAGAUGAUAUCCGACAGGUUCUGCGACUAUACGACGGCCGACUUUACGGACUUUCCGAUUUCUACCUCAGGCACGAGCCUCAAGUGGCUUGCUUUGACGAUGUCGCCAACGUUGUAUUGGUGUUUUCGUUCAACAACACCAAGGUGCACUACACAUGGAACUUCGCGGGUAUAAAGCAAAUCACUGGCGGCUUCUGGACGCUGGCGGAUCGAAUCACAGCAGAAGUUCAAUUGAAAGCUCCAGUAAACCACAAUAAGCUUACGAACUUCGAGGUCGAGAGAGUGAGACUCACGGAGCUCCAUAACAUGAGGGUCCAGGUUGAUGGUGUCCAACCUUUCGCGUGGCUCGGCACUCAAAUCGGCACUGUCGGGACGCUGAUGACCAGAGAUAACUUGAAGAAGUUCCUCCAGACAAACCUCGACAUUAUUUUCAAAGAAAUCUUCGCUGACUUCGAAGUUUAGUUCCUAGAUUCCGCUAUCAAACCGAGCUCCUCUCAAGUUUCAUUAUUAGUUCGCUGCUUCGAGAGCCGCCUACACCCAAAGUGUUCUUGAGCAGUGGACACGAAGAUUCGUGUCGUGGAACUCUUGUCGCAAGCUGAAGCCAUGGGGACGGGAUCGGGGUGCGGACAUCUGUGCUGAAUACGACGAAUUCAUUUCUUCCGUUCCAUCUACAAAAUUACUCAAAAGUAAUCUGAGCGGAAAUUGUUAUUCUCGUUGAUACUUUUGUCUCUAUUGCAUGAUAAGAUGUAUUUAGGAUGUGACUCAUACCGUCGCGUUGCCUCCUGGACCGUCGAGCUCGAAAAAAAACGUACACAUGGUGCUCUCCGGAUGCCAAUACGAGGAGAAGUAUAUUUCCGAGAAGAGGCUUACACAGGAAGCUGUCAUAGAUUUUUGCUCGCUUCUCGGACUUGAGAGGGAUGCCAACUCAAUCAGAUUACCGGAGAACUAUGGUCCAUCGCUCCAAGUGAUCCGUGGUAGCCAAAGCGGAGAGCUCCGAGAAACUAAGUCCCCCAUUGUGUGUUCUUGAUAUGCCUCGAAUGCUAUGAGAAAAUCCUGCUUAAUCCAUGGAGACACAUGAUAGGCUCUGGUCGCAAUAAAAGACGAUGUGUCGAUGCGGGGAUACUUGAUA